AUGGACGGCGGGGGUGGCGCUGCUGCUGUCGCCCUCAUCCCGCCGUCGCCAGUCCCAGCCCGCCAACCCGGACUCACCACUCGCGGCGCAGACUUGUUUGUGUAUGAUCCAUGCGAGUAUGCCGACGACACCGUCGAGGUUCCGCAGCGGGUUGUUGCGGUCGAGGUCGCCGACGAUGACGGCGGUUGGCCUCGCUACAGCGACGAGGCUGAUGACGUGGAGGAAGCGGUCAAUGGCGAUGAGGCCACGGAAGAGGUGACAGACGAAGCGGAGGAAAGCCGAGCACCGACCGAGCCGACGCUCAAGAUGCUCAUUCGGCGGUUCCGCAACGACUCGCCCAAGACGCCGGGAGCCCGGCGCGCUGCGCCACCGCUGUGGUGGCGCGACGACGAUGCCGCCGCCCAGCGCGAGCGCGACGACACGGGUUCUGACGGAUUUGAGCUGGGUGUCUGAGGAUCCAGUGCCGUCACCGGCUAGGUUGUCGGCACGGGAGUGGGACGCAUCGCUUGAGGCUUUGCUCCGCAACGAGGACGACGAGGAGGUCAUCCUUCAGUCGCUGCGGG